CAAGCCACUAUCGGUGGUACGUAUCGUACGUAUGGUACUGUUGAACAGGCUUCCCGGGAAAACCUGGCUACCGUACGGCAGGUGGCCGAGCGAGGAGGCGGGAAAAAACCGUCCGUCCGUCGCUCGUUCGUUUUCGUUUGGGAAACUUGCAGUCCUCCUUUUGUUCUGUCAGUCAUCCGUUUUUGCAAAUCGAAGGAACGGGUCCUCGCAAGAUUGAAAAAAUCAGUCAUGCGGUAGAACGAUCUUUUUCGCCUAAUUCGGCCGCACACGAAUGCCGUAAAAUCCGAAAUSCGACACAUCGACGCAGUUUGCACGAGUAAUGCGAGGAAGUAAACUCGGGGAUUGCCAGCAAAACGAUCUCCGAUUUUCGAGCCUGCCAAUCAAUGUACGGAACACCGUCAUACCUGCUACGGCAUGGGAUAAAUCCAGGAACAAGAACAAUACGCAGCGGGUACGAUAGUGUUUCCCAUUGAUAAGCAGAAUCAAUCAUCCGGCAUGUGAGCCAUCGCKUAUCAUCAUCUCCUCUUCAGAUCAAAUWACGAACAACCAACCGCUUCAACAAGAAAGCGGAAAACCUGCGAUAGACCACUGCGAUAGAAUAMAUCAUAGCCAAAUUUAGGAAAUCAAAACUGAGAUAACAACCGAAGGCAUUAAAACUUUCUCUACUUGCACACUUGCACUUUCGUAAGAUGAACCAUCCUAUGCUUGUUACCGUGUUGCUUUUGACCGCAGCCAACUCUUUUGUGGUGGUUUCGUCGACGGCGGCGGCGACGCCCGGAUCUCAGUUCGACGAYCUUUUCCACCGGCGGCGAAUGGUUCGCGGAGCACCACACACGGCGGACGCCGCCGCUCCAGCCACMCGAGCGAGCAACGGGGCGCAGCCGCGACGAAAGCUUCCGUCGGGAAAGGACAGCAAGAACGGCGACAACAUAUUUGAUCGCCACAAAAACGACUGUGGCUGCGUCGAAAACAAAAGRGAAAGGCAGCUGCAGAGGAAACUGGGUGUGGGACAUAACUGUGACUGCAGCCGCAGCAAGAAGAAGACCAGCAAGAGUGCCCGGSGAAGCCCACCAAAAUAUUCCUCUCCGCAAGACGACCACGACGACGUCUACACCAAGGAGAGCGGCGGAAAGGUUCCGAAGAAUGCUCCAAAACAWAAGGACGACGACGACGACGACGACUAUUUCUUUCAGUCGGUAGCCAGUGGAAACGUUACGAAUGGAAGCAGCUCUGGAAAGGGAGGCAGACCUGGCAAAGGCAGCAACGUGGCAUCCGCGAAGAGUGCGAAGGSCGGGGGAGACAGCAAGGUGUCGAAGAGUUCGAAGGRAAGUAGAACAACUAGCUCUAAGGUUGGGAAGGGCAGCAAGGAUGCAAAAGAUCAGGGUCGAGGUCAAAUCGUUUCUAAUCACCUGAGUGCGGGAGGCAACAUCAUUGGGAAGAACGGCAACACCCCUUAUAAGUCGUCUGGAUUUGGGACAAACGCCGCGAGGAACUUCAUCAUAUUUGUGAGCGUGUUGGUUUCCUUUUUGAUCAUUUGCAGUUGUUACCGGAGAGAAAGCGUAUUGAAACAAAGAAGCGAUGGCUAUUGGGAAGAAGAGGAACACAACCAGCAACAGGAAAAGACAGAAGACCGGGAAGAGAAUCUAGGCGAAACUGUUCACGAGGAAAGCUGUAGCGACGAUUACGAAGAAGACGAAGAAGAAGACGAUGAAAACAACUGCGAGGAGGACUAUGAUGUCGAUGAUGAUGAUKGUGGUGGUGAAAGAUUCCAAAAGCCAUACACGUUCUGAAAACAAUUUUGAACAUUUGGCUGGGUUCCACUGUAUCUACUAGCUUUAGGAGGUCGAAAUUUAGGGGGAUCUUCGUCCUACCGUACACCGGGGGGUGGCGGCAUUCAAUAAAUGCAUAGAAUAAUA